AGGUUUACAAUGAAAAAUGGCGUUCUUAAUAACGAAAAAGGUUUGGAUUUUUUGUAUUAAAAUCUUAAGAUCUACAUCUUCAUUUGACUUUUUAACACGCUUUUCUUUUUCAAAAGAAAUACAAAGAUGAGUACUCAAAUCCUCACUAAAAAAAUUAACCUUGAGAAUGAUUUUAAAGAACAUAUCAAUAAAAGAUUAUAUUUCUCAAAAUUUUCGUAAUACAAAUGUACAUGCUAUUUCAGUUGAUUAUGAUGAAACUCCUUCAAACGAACAUUCUGUAUUGAAGGAUACAGUGACUUCUCAUAGAUUAGCCGCUGCGAUAUUUUAUGCUUAUAGUAAUCAUCAACAUUUGCUUCUAACACCUGAUGAUAUUUGGUUAACUAUAGCACAAGGUGUUAGUCAACAUAUUAAUUAUAAUGCAGAAAAAUUUCGUUAUCGUUUUGUUAAUCAUGAAGGUAAAAAAGAAAUAGCUAUUCCUAUUACUGGUAUUUUGAAUAGUAAUGCAAUAGACAGAUUAGUUGUGAAAACUAAUGAAGCAGUAGAAAAAAUUGAUGUAAAAUCUCUUUUAGAAUGUGAUUUUUCUACAACAACAAAAAGUUCUCUUACUGCUAGUCAAAUCGUUCUUUUAGAUAUGCUUAAAGAAUAUUUUUCAUAUAAGGGUUACAUCACAUGUGGAAUCCCUAAAAUUACUCUUAAAGGUACUUUAGAAGAUUGGACAAAAUUGCAAGAGAAAGUUGUACAAUUACGUCAAUUGGACUUAGAUAUGGAUUUUUGGUUAGAUAGAUUGGAUCCUGUUAUAUGGAAAUUAGUUGAAACUUAUAAAGGCAAUGUUGAUGAAGAAUUUUGGUCAAAAAUAAUUUCAAAAAAAAGUUUUGGUUCAGGUCCCAUUAUUGUUACAGGAUGGACUACAGCCUUUUACCCAUAUAAAAUAAAUGGAAAAAAAUUGGAAAAU